CAACUAUAAUUACAGUUACAUAAUAAAAUACAUCAUUAUUGGUGAUACAGGUAAAAAAUACUUUCUAAAGUGCUCUCAUACACAUUAAAGGGGCUACUAAUACUGAAUGCUAUUAGGUGUUGGAAAAUCUUGCAUCCUAUUACAGUUUACCGAUAAACGAUUUAUGCCAGCUCAUGAUUUAACUAUUGGCGUUGGCUUUGGUACACGUUUCAUUACAGUGAAUGAUCAACAGACAAAAUUACAAAUUUGGGAUACAGCAGGACAAGAGUCAUUUAGAUCAAUCACACGAAGUUAUUAUCGGGGAGCAGCAGGUGCCUUACUAGUGUAUGAUAUUACUAGAAGAGAAACAUUUGAACAUCUGUCGGUUUGGUUAGAAGAUGUUCGUCAACACGCCAACCCCAACACGGUGAUCAUGUUGAUCGGCAACAAAAGUGACUUGGAAAGCAAGAGACAAGUAUCACGAGAAGAAGCAGAAAGAUUUGCACAAGAGAAUGGUUUAUUCUUUUUGGAAACAUCAGCUAAAACUGCUAAUAAUAUAGAAGAAGCUUUCGUUAAAACCGCAGAAGAGAUUCAAAGAAAGAUUCAGGAUGGAACAAUUGAUUUAACCAGUGAAUCAAAUGGUGUAAAACUGGCUCUUCCACAAGGCGGAUCAUCUUUGCCUUCAGCAAACGCUUCUUCAAGUAGUAAUGGUUGCUGUUAACAUGUAUACAUGACUCAUGUAUAUAUGAAUGUAUACCUUUCCUAUCUCUUUCUCUUAUAACUUUAUUAUAAUUUCGUAUAAAUUGUAGUCAAC